CUCUCACCGCACGCUCUCCAAUAGCGAGCAGACACAUGCGCGUGCGAGGGCUAUCUCUCCCUCUUCCCAAACACACACACACACACACAUACACACACACAUAUGCACCCACACUCAUCAUUAGAUAGGAACGGCGGAGGACCACGAGCCCGAGAAGACUCCAAAGCUCUGAGAGCGUUAGGAGCUGCGGCGGCACGGAGCGCACCUUCUGGGGUCCUCGCGCGGAGGCGGGGGCGCUCGAGCUGGAGGUCAUGGAGCACAUCAUCGGCGGGGCGCAUCUCCAGCACACGCACGCUGAGCCCAUCAGCUUCGGUAUCGACCAGAUCCUCAACAACGUGGAGCAGAGCUGCAUGCUGGGCGCGAGGAUGCACGAGCAGCCGGACUACGGUUACGGCGGCUGCGUGGUGAGCGCGGCCUACGGCGGCAUGAACGGCGGCUUCACGUGCAGCAACAAUGGAUACAACAACAUGAACCACAUGAACAACAACAACAACAACAACUCCUGCGGGAUGGGGUCCCUUGGCGGCACGUACAACAUGAACAUGGGGGUGAGCUUGAACGGAAGUAAUGUGAACGGCGCCGGAGUGAUCCGCGUGCCGGCGCACCGGCCGAUGGGCGGGCACGCCUCCUUACAGAACGGUGGCAUGAUGUCCGGGGCCAUCAACAACCUGACAGGACUCACGUUCCCAUGGAUGGAGAGCAACAGACGGUAUACCAAAGAUCGCUUCACGGUGGCCCUCUCACCACUCACUGUAACACGCCGCGUAGGUCACCCGUACCAGAACCGCACGCCCCCCAAAAAGAAGAAGCCGCGGACGUCGUUCACGCGCCUGCAGAUCUGCGAGCUGGAGAAGCGCUUCCACCGGCAAAAGUACCUGGCGUCGGCGGAGCGCGCGGCCCUCGCCAAAGCCCUGAAGAUGACGGACGCGCAGGUCAAGACGUGGUUCCAGAACAGGAGGACCAAAUGGAGGCGGCAGACGGCGGAGGAACGAGAAGCUGAGCGGCAGCAGGCGAACCGCAUCCUCAUGCAGCUCCAGCAGGAGGCCUUCCAGAAGACCAUCAACCAGCCCGUGACCCCUGACCCGCUGUGCCUUCACAACAGCUCCCUGUACGCCCUCCAGAACCUGCAGCCAUGGACAGAGAACACGGGCAAAAUCAGCAGCGUGUCGGCAUGCGAAUAGGACCUCCAAAAACUGCCCUCAGUUUUUUUCUAUCAGCUUUUUUUAAAGAUUGUUCACUUGGAUGUUGGAUUAAAGAAGAAAAGACAGAGCGAGAGCGAGGGGGGCUGGAAAUAAAUUGGCAUGCUGCAUUGCAGUCAAAAUAAAGGCAUAAGAAGACAUCAAUGACUUCAAGGACCAGAGAUUUGGCAAUAUAGACCAUUUAAACCGGCUCGAUAACCGCUAAUGGCGAACCCGAAUUUUAUCAGAUUAGGCAUCCUGGGGGGACCCACCCUCCCCAGAGUAAUAUUUUCAUAUCUUAACUCCCAAUUCUCAUCUUUGCCAUCAAUGAUUUUUUUCACUAUUCAAUAUUAUCGACAUUUUUAUUUGACUGAAAGAGCACCUUUAGCACAUUUUAAAAACUUUUUCUUGGCCUAUAUCCUCAAGCACUAUUUAACAGACAUUUCAAGAAGAUUUAAAACCACUUGUCUGUAUGAUGUAUUUAUUUCUCAUCACGUUUUCUGAUCUUUUAUAGCCUACAUUAUAGCCUACGUUCAGUUGUCCAAGUAGCGUAGAGGUAUCAUGUUGUUUAUAUUUCAUCUAGCCUACAAUAUUUGUUCAUGGCUAAACGCAAUUAAGAAGACCCCAUGUGCUGGAUUGUAUUUGUGUUCAUGUCGGAACAGAUUGCCAUUUUGUUUAAAUUCCGCAAGAUAUAGGAUAUUUGACAAAAUACAAUUUAAUGUAAAUUAUUUUGAACAAGUUCCUUCUCAACAAUAUUAAACAAUAGCAACGGUUGCAACAUUA